AUGAUUUUUCAGGCCUGCCUGACUUGCUCGAUAACGCUUUGCGCUGGCCACCCAAAGGACAUCUCUGGCAACUUCCCGUUCUCCAUCAUAAGGGCGUGGAUCAAACUCGGGCGUCUCAUCAAAGCACAAGUAUGCGACCAAGACAUUCUGGACGGUUUUUUCGCCUCGUGUUUUGGCGGAGCACAUACAAUCCGAGAGCUUUCCUUCGACGGGUCAACUGUAGUGUCAACUACUGAGCCUCUGAACAUGCAAGCAAUCCUGGAUUCGCAGUUCAACGAUUUCGGAAUCGGACAACAGAGAAUCGACCAGUUCCAUCCCUUGCUUGGCGAUUCUAUUUUCUCAAGCGACGGAAACAAAUGGAAGCGCGCUAGACGAAUGUUCCGGCCGCAAUUUAGCAGGCACAAUAUCAACAAUUUGGAAAGCACUGAGAGAGCGUCGCGAGCAUUGAUCAAUACGAUCGAUGGCGAUGAGUCUACCGCUUGGACAUCCGAUGUAGAGCUUCUGUCUUUGUUCAACAAAUUCACACUCGACACGGCCACAGAGUUUCUAUUCGGUGAAUCUCUUGACUCGCUGUCUUUGACCCCGGAUGGGAAGACUGGAUGUGCAACUUCGAACGAGCAAGCCAGCAGGCAGGCUCAGUCCCGUCAGUUUCAGGACGAUUUUGAAUUGGUCAGUCUCAAACUCGUCAGUCGCAUAAGAUACCAAAGCCUGUACUGGCUAGUGGACGGCUUCAAGUUCCGAAUGGCGAUUGCUAGAAUCCGGAAAUUCACGGGACAUUUCAUUCAAAAGGCGAUCCAUUUGCGAACGACUGGGAAAGCGAACAGGGGCUACAAUUUACUCGAGGCUCUCGUGAAUGACACUCGGACGGCCGAAAAUAAAAAUCACGUGGAACUUGGCGAUCAGAUGCUGGCCAUCCUCGCUGCGGCCAGAGAUACCACUGCCGGCUUCCUUGCAUGGUGCUUGGUUCGUCUCGCUCUACAUCCAGACAUCUUCCAAGAGCUCCGAUCUGCAAUCUUGAAAGACUUCCAGGCGUCUGUUCCUCUGACAUUCGACACGCUGAGAUCUUGCCGGACUCUGCAAUUCUUCCUGAAUGAAGUGCUCCGUUUGCACCCUCCCGUACCGGUGAACAAUCGCCGGGCCCGAGUAGACACGACAUUGCCGGUCGGUGGCGGACCAGAUCAAACGUCUCCCAUCGUCAUCGCAAAGGGGCAAGUCGUCAUAUACUCGGUCUACCUCAUGCAUAGGCGCAGAGACAUAUGGGGCGAAGAUGCCGCAGAGUUCAAACCAGCACGAUGGCAGAAAGAAGCCCCUCCGUGGCACUUUCUCACAUUUAGUGGUGGGCCGAGAACCUGUCUAGGCCAGCAAUUCGCCAUGACGGAAGCUGCUUACGUCCUGGUUCGACUACUACAGCGCUUCGAUUCUAUUGAGCCCGUCAAUAGGCCCGAGAUGAGUGCAAUGAAGAAAGAGUUGGGCUUGACCAUGUGGCCGAAAGAUCGAGUUAGGGUGCGAUUCCAUCGAGCCAUGGGCAUGACGUGA